AUGUCCGACGGACCUUCCAUCAUUCGUCCCCGUCCGCGACGGGUGUUCGACCUCGCGCCCCCUUCCACCGAUUCCUCCGAGGCCUCGACGCCGGCGGAACCCUCGAACCCGGACCUCCUGACCCCCAAGGAUGCCGGAUCGACCAGUGUCAGUCGGAAUGGCUCGAUCAUGAACCUCACAUCCCCAACGCUCUUCGGCAUCUAUUCUCCGACGGCAUUCGAAGGGACCAGAGACGAAUCCAGCCCUUGGGGGACUGAGGCCCAAACGCCCGCCACGGAGAGCCCGAACCCUCUUCAAACGAAAUCGGAUGGCCCAGAUCGUUUCGCUCUUCAGCGGACACGGUCGCGACUCAGUCACGGACUGUUUCUCGGCGUCAUUCUUCCUCAGGCGGUGAAAAGUGCGCUCUUGUUCGGGUUCGGUAUUGUCUACGGCAUCAUCACUAUUCAUCUACACGAAAACCACUGGAUCACUCCGGUGAAACUCGAGAACACUCAUUACUACGGGUCCGCCGAAUACCUGGCAUUCUGGGGGUUAGCCGGCGUUGCACUGGGAAACAUCCUGCCAUGGCUUGAUCUAUUCUCGGAGGAAGUGGCAACGGAUCCCGCCCACCCCAAGCAGCGAUCGAGUAGCGACGAGGACGAUGAGGAGCGCACCCUCUCGUGGGUGGCGGUGGUCCGCAGCGUUGGGGCUUUUGUUGGGAUAGCAUUUGCGAUGCGGAGACUUCCCUGGCAAUCCACCACUCAAGCGUCGGCGACACUGGCUCUCGUCAAUCCCGUCCUCUGGUAUCUGAUCGACCGGACCAAAACCGGCUUCGUCAUGUCGACUACGGUCGCUCUGGUGGGAAUGGGCGUUGUCUUGGGACUUCGGCCGGACUUGGUGCCUCCCUCCGCCAACGCCUCCGAGUCUGCACUCCCCAUCCUGAACCACACUCUCCGGGAGUACGGUCUGGCGACCGGCAUCACGCAGGAAAGCAUCGCCGUCCGCACCUGGGUAGCUAGCGUUCUCUUCUGCGCAUGCGUUUGCUUUGGUAACAUCGGCCGUCAAUGGGCGAUCGGGUCUCGCCGGGAGCACCUGAAGACAUAA